AGGAGCCAAGCCCAGCCACGCCCCGUUGGCUGCAACCAUCUUACAUUUUUCUUCAGCUGAAUGCUAUCAUAUAUACGAUAUAUCGAGCAGAUUCCGGACGGCCGGCCCUCAUAGACGAAAUAGGUAGAAAAAUGAACCAAGCAAAGGAAAAGCCACACCAUCAACCAAAGUAUUUCUCGUCAGCUAGGCGUACGAUAUCCUAACUACGAUCUAGUUUUCGUGCAACCAAGUUUCAAACCACAAUCAAGUAUGCGUCAGGAUUAAAGCCGUCCAGUCGUCUAUUAAUUUAACUUUUUCCAACCGGCCAUGCAUCGCCCCUGUGCUCUGCUCAUUGCGUUUACUUCCCUUGCUAUCGCUCAGACUCGGUCAUCUAAACGUGGAUUGGUGUUUAUCCCGAACCCUGCCAACCCGGCAGAUGAUACAGUAUGGGUUCGGUCAGGAUCUGAUCUGGCUUGGUACUACAAUUAUGAGUCGGAGCCGUCAUCUACCUUUGAUAACAUACCCCAAGACCAGUUCGAAUUUGUCCCCAUGCUUUGGGGCGCUGUCGACGAUACCUCCUUCCUCGAGUCUGUCCAGAGCCAGAUCGACUCCGGUCGUAAAAUCACGCACGUCCUCAGUUUCAACGAACCUGAUUCCCGGUACGACGGCGGUAGUAAUAUCGAGCCCUCGAAGGCCGCGGAUGUAUGGAUAAAGAACAUAGAGCCUCUCGCUGAUAAGGGGGUGAAACUGGGAUUGCCGGCCUGCACUGGGGGCUGGGGAGGGAUACCGUGGCUCGAACAGUUUAUCGGGAAUUGCUCCGAACUGAUUAGCACCGAAAAUGAUAAAAAGAACUGUACAUACGAUUUCGUGACCAUACAUUGGUAUGGGAGUUUUGAAGGGCUGGCGAGUCAUAUGGGCUCGUAUGCUGCUGCAUUUCCAAACAUAACUCAAUGGAUUACCGAGUACAAUUUCGACAACCAAGACCUCGCUACGACCCAGGCAUUCUACAACACAUCCUCCGAGUAUUUUGACCGCAUGGAUUCCGUCCAUCGUUACAGUUUAUUUGGUUCUUUCCGGUCCAGCGAUAGCAACGUUGGUCCUAAUGCCGCCAUGUUAAACAACGACGGGCAGCUAACAGAUAUCGGCUCAUGGUAUCUAGGUAUGAGUAGCACGCACGUUGACCCUCAGUCGGGGGCGGGGAGAACUCAUAUAACCGUAGCAAGUGCUGUAGUUCUUAUGUUGGCUGGUGGUAUUUCCUUUAUACUGUAACACUAGAGCUCUCCUUUGCUUAACCUUGGGGCGUUUUGGAGAUUGAGACGAGUAUGUAGAGGGGGGGGGUUCUUGUUAUCCAGGUACAUAUGUGUACUUGAAAUGUU